AAAAAAUCUUCUCGUUUUAUUUUAACACAAUCAUUUUUGCUUGCAUUUGGAAUUUUCUUAUUUGUCUUGGUGAUUUUUAUAACAUUUCCCAUUCUGUAAUCUUCUCUUUCUUCUUGAUGAAAUAUACGAUGCGACUGCAAUGUGUAAUAUUCGGCACAAUUUCAAGGAACCAGACGCGAGUUAAAUGAACACAAGUACUGGAUGCGACAGAUAAUGAACCUUGGGGUCCUCAUGGCACUGCAUUAGCGGAGAUAGCACAGGCCACAAAAAAAUUUGCUGAAUGCCAGAUGGUUAUGGAUGUUCUGUGGACAAGAUUGGCUGAGACUGGCAAGGACUGGCGACAUGUCUAUAAGGCAUUGGCUGUGAUAGAGUAUUUGGUGGCACAUGGAUCUGAACGCGCGGUUGAUGAGAUUAUAGAACAUACUUUCCAAAUUUCUUCACUCUCAAGUUUUGAAUAUGUCGAGCCAAGCGGGAAGGAUAUGGGAAUAAAUGUGAGGAAGAAGGUGGAAAACAUUGUGGCCCUUUUGAAUAAUAAGGAUAAAAUACAAGAAGUGAGAAAUAAAGCUGCUGCAAACCAUGAUAAGUACAUUGGACUUUCUUCUACUGGAAUAACCUACAAAUCAGGUUCUGCAUCAUAUAGUAGUAGUGGCUACCAGAGUAGUGAUGGGUAUGGAAGUGGUGCAAGAGAUGGUGAUAGGUUCAGUGAUGGUUAUAGAGACAGGGAUCAAUAUAAAGAAGAGAAAUAUGAGAAGGCUAGUUCUGGAAAGUCACCUUUUGGGGUUACAAGCGAGAAUCAGGGGAAUUCUUUGAAGAAGGGUUCUACCCACAAUGGCAGUAAGGAUGAUAAUAAGUCAUCCAAAGCAUCAACUAAAUUAUAUGGCUCGGAUAAGUACGGUUCAAUUCGUUCUCAAAGUUCAAGUGUCCCUUCAAAUAAUUAUGAGGAUGAGUUCGAUGAUUUUGAUCCCCGUGGAACUGCUAAGGCUGCUGCUGGAAGCUCUAACCAGGUGGAUCUGUUUGGACAAAGUUUGGUUGGUGACCUCUUGGAUGCUCCAACGCCUGUUCCUGCAGACAAGCCUGUCAUGAACAGUAGUUCAUCAGAUUUUGAUCUGUUUGCAGAUGCAACUUUUGUAUCAGCAUCUCUACAUGUAGAUAAGGGACUGGGUUCUCAAACCCAGACUGAGGUUGAUCUAUUUGCUUCCCAACCUGCCAUAUCUGCUUCAGCUUCUUCAAUAGUUGAUCCUUUUGCAAUCCCGAAUCCCGUCAUGCAUCCAGAAAUUAAAGCUCCAAACUCCGCACCGGAAGAUGCUAACAUUGUCGAUCCCUUUGCUGCUGUUCCACUUAACAAUUUCAAUGGAUCUGAUUUCUUUGGCGCAUUCACUCAUUCUGAUUCAGCAUCUUCAGAAACCUCACAUAAUGGUAUCAAUGUUGGAAGUCAUAAUAAUUUAUCUUCAGAAGACUCGAGCACUCCACCAAAGAAGGAUGCUUUCCAGGUGAAGUCAGGAAUUUGGGCAGAUUCACUGAGCCGUGGAUUGAUUGACCUUAAUAUAUCUGCUCCCAAGAAGGUAUCCCUGGCAGAUGUUGGCGUUGUGGGUGGAUUGAGUGAAGGAUUAGGUGAAAGAGAGAAACGACCCCUGACUUCAUAUUACACAGGAAGAGCAAUGGGUGCCGGCUCUGGUCUUGGCAGAUCCGGUUUCUCAUCUUCACCGUCUAUAGGUGGUAACGAAUUCUUCUCCGACUUUGGUGGCCAACAACACCAAUAUGGUGGUGGUUUCCAGAAGUAAAUUAUUCUUUCCCAUUUCUGCUCUUCCUCCUCUUUUGUCUUUCAAUAUUCUUUUGCACAAUUAGCUAGUAUUAUUGGAAAUCUUUGAGCAUUUCAGCUUGCUCGGUUUGACUCUAAUAUACAGCAAGCAAUAUUAUUGUUUGAGAAUGUACGAGUCAUGAGUGGGUUACCUUUCUAGACUUUUUGGUACAUUUUGAAAUGUAUUGCGACAUAUUACUGUGUAAAGUCCGAGUGUGGUGCCUGUCC